AGAUGGAUUAUCUGUGAAAUUUGUGCAGCCUGGAGAAUAUAUAAUGCAGGUGUUUUAAGUAGUGAUGGUAAAGCUAAUAUAAAUGAAAUGCCUACGCUAUUGUGGAAACCAUGGGAACAUAUAUACUCAUUAUGCAAAGCUGUCAAGGGACACAUGCCAUUGUAUAAUAGCUAUGGAAAAUAUGUGGUAAAGCUCUAUUGGAUGGGAAGCUGGCGAAAAAUCAUCGUGGAUGACAGUAUACCUUUCAGUGAAGACAAUUUCAUGUUGCUUCCCGCCACAACCUGUGAAAUUGAACUUUGGCCACUAAUAUUAUCCAAAGCCAUCAUUAAGCUUGCAAACAUAGAUGUACAUGAACUUGGGAAAAGAGAACUAGGAGAAUUCACAGUUCUUCAUACACUUACUGGGUGGAUACCAGAAAUUAUUCCUCUCCGGUCUGGAUAUUUGGAUAAGGUUUGGGAAUUCUUAAGAGAUGUAGUUCCAGAAUCUAAGCUGCCAGAAGAGUCACUCAUUGAACCCAAACUAUCAGUUGCAGAUACAAAAAAGGGUUCUGAAAUUAAAAAUGACAUCCAAAGUCCCGUAAAGCAGACAGAAAAGCCAGAAAGAGCAGAAAGAGCUGAGAAAACUGGGAAAGAAAAGUUAGAUCAAAAAGAAGUUGGAAAGAAGAAAAGCAAGGAUGGGGAAAAAGUGAAGCUAGGGGUGCAUCCAUUACGAAUGUCUACUGAUUUUCCAAGUUCUCUUCAAAUGUUUCCUGAGGGUUUUGCAGCACCACUGCAGCCACAGAUGGUGCUAUAUGCUUGCUAUGCGCCACUUUAUGUAUCUGAAAGAAAGAUCUUUGAAUUAGGGAAGAUGGCUGAUUCUUCUGAGAAGUUACGGCAGUAUGGUCUCUCACAUACAUUCAGCCAUCCAGCACUGAUAACCAGAACAAGGGCUUGUCCUCUGAUAGCACCAAUGAAACCAUUGCCUAUACCUCGCUGGAAGCUUAUCCGCCAGAAAAAAGAAACUAUUGUGACAGAUGAGCCCCAAGAACCUGUAUUUAAAAAGCCCGAACAAUUUGUUGAGAUUGCUAGCCCUUUUCUGAACUUUAAACUUUAUCCAAUAUCUAUACCAAGAGACACCCAUUUUUCACCAGCUGCUUUCAAAAAGGGAUCUCUUCCAGCAUGCAGCCUUUCAUUUGUCAUUGAAAAUGAUGAAAAUGCGCUUGAUGUUCCUACAGAUAUGCCUCGCAUGAGUACAGAUGAGAAUUCUCAGGAUGAUAAUAUUGGCCAGCAACAUAUUAUAGAAGGAACCAUGAAAGAGGAAUCGGUUGAAAAAAUAAGUACUGAUGCCACUCCGAUGUUGGACUUAAUUGACCCUGGCUUAGGCAACAAUUUGAUAAAUAAGUCUCAGGAAAAAAUUGAGACAGAAAAGAGUCCGAUUUCCAAAGAAAUAUGGAUAGACUAUGAAGAUUUCUAUACUUGUUUUCAGAAUUUAUAUGUUUUCCAUAAACCCAAUACUUAUGCAUACAGCUAUCAGAAAUCAGAUUUUAGGAUGGUAGAAGAUCGUGUCUCCUAUUACUUGUGUGUGGACAGUCUGAAGCCUAUCGACAUCCUAGUUUGUUUUUCUGCAUUAGUACACUGGGGAGAUUCAGGAGCCGCACAAAAAGAUUACCAUAUUAUACCCCAGGGCUUUCUCUUGGUUGAAAAAUUCUCAUGGAAGAAUCUGGCUCCGGGAAAAUUAAUCCUAAAGAUCCAUACAUAUGCCACCAAAGCUGCUAUGAUAAAUCUCCCUCCUGGGUUACAUGUGUUACUCUUCACUGCAAGCUCUCCCAUAGGGCACCAUAUCCAUCUGUGCAGUAUGGUACCAUGUGUGUUUGGUGAAGAGGAUGUUGUUCUGCCAAAUCUUGACAAGGAGAGCUACUGGUUUAUAGAGCAAGCCACAUCUAUCAUGAAAGCCAUUGGAAGUGUGUUGAAUAAUUUUGGAAACUGGCCAGAUCUUUCCAGAGCUAUGAGAGGACUGGAAUUAACACACUGCCCUCCUGGCCUCUGUGGUACAGGAAUAGCUAGAGAACACUUCAAGGUUUUCAAUAAUGCUUUUUGGCAUCUGAUAAAACAAGCAUUGGGAAAUGUUCCUCCAAACUAUGAAUUUGCUUACAAAUGUUUUACUUUGGAUUUUAAACACAGUGAGAUGCCUGUUGAUGAUACUGGAUCCUCAGAUAUUGCAGAGAUAAAUGCUUCCCAGUGGCAAAACAGAAUUCCUACACCUGAAGAAGAAGCUGCUGUGCUUAAAAUACAGGCUGCUUGGAGAGGAACUUAUGUGAGGCAGAUAAUUAAUGGCAGAAGACCAGGUACCAAGGAGAAUAUUAAAGUCAGAGAAACACUUCAAAAGUUGUGGGCUCUAAUCGAGCCAAAUUUUGAACAGUAUUCAUUGACAUUUUUGAGGUAUGCUGCAAAAGCAACAGCACCACUUAUUGCUACUGUGCAAGUACAGACCUCUAAACCAGAUGUAAUAAUUAAACUCCAAAUUCUAGAUUCAGAGGAAGAAAUCGUGAGCACUAUUGGGAAGGGCCAUGCUGUUAUACCUGCUUUUCUUUUCAUGUCUAAUGAGAAACCAUUAAGUUGUCAGUCAAGUAAAGGUCAGGUUCCUCAAAGCACUGCGAAAAAGGAACCUGAAGCUGUAACUUCUAAGAGAAAAGGUGCAGUAUCUGGACAGAAGAAUGUCAAGUCUCCUAUCAAGACUCUACAGGAAGGACCAACUUUAGUAGAGGAAGAAGUGUUGAUCUCUAUGCCUGUCACAGAAGAAAAUAUACAUCAACAGCCUCACAAGUAUAUUGUACAAGCCAAGGUGUUGCAGAACAGCUGGCCUCUUACUGAAAACCAAAUGACAUUUGUUCAGUCAUUGAGAGAAUUAGAGAAAAAUGAAAUUAAAGAUAUUGCAGAGAUAAAUGCUUCCCAGUGGCAAAACAGAAUUCCUACACCUGAAGAAGAAGCUGCUGUGCUUAAAAUACAGGCUGCUUGGAGAGGAACUUAUGUGAGGCAGAUAAUUAAUGGCAGAAGACCAGGUACCAAGGAGAAUAUUAAAGUCAGAGAAACACUUCAAAAGUUGUGGGCUCUAAUCGAGCCAAAUUUUGAACAGUAUUCAUUGACAUUUUUGAGAGAUAUAUUUAAAAGUAAUUGUAAAUCAGUGCAGAGAUAUCGCUGCUAUAACGAUGAAUGGACUAAGACAUCUUUUGCUGAUUAUACUGUGACAUAUGGUGAUCAGCCACCCAAUUUUUGGUUUGUGGUCUUCCGGGAAAUAUUUUAUGUGCCAGAAGAUAUGGUCAUAGUGCCAAAAGUGUACACAGCUAUACCUAAUUGUGUGUUGCACGUGGUUGACAAUGACACACUGAAGGAAAUGCCUCAGAUCUUCCUUAGAGUGGCGCCACAUCUUUAUACAAAAAAUAAAAAAGGCUAUACCUUCAUGGCUGAAGUUCAAACUGGUGAUUUACCAGUGACGGCCGCGAAGUGGAAGCUGCGGCUCAUCGGUUCCUACAUGCCCCUUCCUAUUGCUGUUCGUGAGACUCUAAACAAUGUCUAUUCAGUUAAAGAAGUUAAAGAUUAUUAUGUGCCAAACGAUAAGCAUAUUAUCUUCAGUGAUGGAUGGGCAGAUAGAGAUGAAGUCAUUGAAGGGUAUGAGGCUGAAGCAAAUGGAGGCAUCACAAUCAAGCUGCAGUCUCCAGAAGUCUUAUCAUUUGAUGAUUAUUUUUUGAAACUUCAUUUGGAUGGCAACACAAGAAAUCCGUGGUUCCCAGAAUUUUGGCAGCACAGAUUCCAGUGUCGCCUGCCAGGACAUCCAUUGGAGAACCCCAGCUUUCAAAAGAAUUGCACUGUAACAGAGAAUAAACGUGGACUCCUUGUAUCUAUAUAUGGAUUGAUACUCCCUCUCAGGAAAGCCAUUAUAAUACAAGAAAAGCCAAAGACAAGGAUACUGUUGGGAGAUUCUAGCCUUGGAGUUCCAGAAUUGAACAACUAG